CCCGCUCCCCCGGGGCUGACGCACGCUCUCAUGGCGCGCGCAUCCUCCAGACCUUCCCAGGCCGGAGGGAGGAGGGGAGAGGAAGGGGGUGAUGCGGUUCCCGCACCGGGAUCCGGGACCCGAGGAGGCGACCCGCCUAUCACGCGCCGCCCGCGGAGGGCAGAGAAGGCAGCUCCUACCAGGCGUCCCCGACCGUCCCGGCUGCCGGGCGUCUCCUGCUGCCUCCUGCAGCCCGCCCGGCGCGCCCCCGCCCCGACCCCGGAGGGCAGGUACCUCGGAGCCCCGGCCCCCAGGAGCCUCCCGGCCGCGGUCGGAGCGUCCCUGCGGAUCACUCAUCCGACGUCAGCGUCAGCCGAAGGCGAGGGAAAGGGGCGGGGGAGCGCAGGAACCGGCCCUUCCUGCGGCGGCCGCCACCAGCCGGAAUAGCAGCCGGCGGAGCCCGUGCGCGCCGCAGCGCAGCGCAGCGGCCGGGGGGGUGCGGGCGCCCUUGCCGCCCGGAUACCUACCGCUGCCUGGGCGUCCCCACUGCCUCCCUUCCCCGCUUCUCCCCUCCCGCAGACGCCGGCCGGGGCGACCCCUCCCAGGGUAACCAGGGGGAGGUGUUCCACGUGGCCAUAGCGUUUGCGUCACAAUGACCUGGCGGACAGGUGGGAGACACAGCGUACACCCCAGGGUUCCCUCCGUGCCGUGCGUAGUGCCUGUUGCUUGCUUCCAGGUUAAAUUUCUGUAGCUUUAGAGGACGGGAGACUUCAUGACUUCAAUGCCAAGAAAAGUUACAGAGGCCUGCUGUACCUGAAAAUCAAGUUUGAGCUUCAAGAAUAAAGGCCAUGUUUUAAAAACAGCUGUGAAAGAACCAAACCAUUGUUUCUAGAGACCCUGCAGUGUACAGAUCACAGGAAGAAAAAGUGUUGGCGUAGCUGCUUCCUAAUGUUAUCUAUGUGGAAAUGAAACCUCAAUGUACUAUGACUUCA